UUCUGUGUUAGUUACAGCUCUUGGGAGGCUGAUUUUUUGUGUGCUUGAGAUGCUUGUUGACGUAAUGAAUAGCAGUUGUUGAUCUGCUUUACUCUGAGCGUGUACUGAGUAGUUAGUAAUUGGGAUAUUUGUUGAUGUUUGGUUGUAUUUACAAAUAAUCUGGGAUAGCUGAAGUCGUACGGAUAUUUGUAGUAGUGAUGUUUGAGUAAGGGAAGUUCCUCUUUAAGUUGGACAUUCGCAUGGAGUGGUAUGGAAGGAAAAUUAACAACUCUGGAGUUACUUGUUUGUUGGAACAUCUAGCUUAUUUAAGCGGAGCAUUUAAGAAGUGUGCUUGCUGUGUUGGUUAGUGGUGACAGUAUUUACUGUCUUAUCAUUCUGUAAACUUUGCAAGCCUAGCUAGUAACAGAGGUACUAAUCAAACAUUUUACCUUGUGUUUGUGAGUUUACGUCUUUAACUAUUAUGUAAACCGCCUAUGCAAAAUAUGUUUGUUAUGAAGGUGGAUAGGCAACUUGGUGUAAAUAGGUAGGUAAACCCUAGGAACACCCUCCUUAACUCAUUUUACAUCAGCGAUUUGAAAAUUGGCAUUUAUGAAAUAAUUUUCAGAAGCUCGAUAAUACCUGUGAGCAGGGAUGUACCAUUUCCAUUGUUUGUCCAUGGAGUGUAGAUUUCUUUGAAGGACAAUUGGCAGAGCACUGUGGACUUCACUUUGAUACGUAAGGAAGAAGAAUAAAUGUUCACUUCUUGUGAGGAAGAGCAUGUUCCCCAAUUCUCCCAAUUUGGGUUGUUCAUCUUUUCCUGGAAAACUUCAAGGGUCCAGUGACUUGAUCAGGUUUCCAUUAAAUUUGGCUUCUUCUCUGGUAUCUCAGCAAUUUAUUGAAUCCCAGUACAAUGCUAAGAAUGCAAGAGCUUUGCUAAGUGCAGGCAAUUCAUCAGCUUCAACCAUGUCACCGCAUGCUUGGCCCAUUACUGAUGGCAAUCCUGCAGCUGGAGCAAGCCAAAACAGGAAGAGGAGGAGCGAUGAAAGAAAUGGUCCAUUUGAUACUAAAAAGCAGCGGUUUCUCUCACCUCAGUCUGUGUCCACCAGUAACCAUGCAGUGCCUUUUCGAAGUGACCGCAGGUACUCCAUGCCUGGAUCUAGUAGAUCAUUACAUCAUCCUUUAUUGCAGACACCCGAUGUUGGUUGUGUUCCAUCACUGAGGGAUUUUCCCUUCAUGGAUUAUUUAAAAACUUCACUGCCACUAGCAAGAGAUAAGCUAAGUCAACAAAUACUCGACAUCUUUCAAGCAUGCCAGCAACAAGUCAGUGACUUGGAGAAAAAAGAGCUGUGCAGAGCAGAGCUACAGAGGGAAAUUCAACGAGUUUAUCCAGGUAGCAGACUGUUUCUGGUUGGAUCUUCUAUGAACGGAUUUGGCACUCGGAGUAGUGAUGCUGACUUAUGCCUGGUUAUCACAAAUGAGCCGGUUGAUCAAAGAACGGAAGCCAGGCACAUACUCAACAUAGUUCAGCAGCUUUUUUUCAGACUGUCUUACAUUGAAAGACCUCAGUUAAUCAGAGCGAAAGUGCCCAUUGUCAAGUUCAGAGAUAAAGUCAGUCUGGUGGAAUACGACUUGAAUGUAAAUAAUAUUGUUGGCAUACGUAACACAUUCCUGUUGAGAAGCUAUGCAUUCAUUGAGAUUCGGAUUCGUCCCUUGGUCUUGGUUGUGAAAAAAUGGGCAAGCCACCAUGGUAUAAAUGAUGCCAGUCGUGGUACAUUAAGUAGCUACAGCCUAGUAUUGAUGGUUUUGCACUAUUUACAAACUCUACCUGAACCUGUCAUUCCAUCUCUUCAGAAGCUGUACCCUGAUUGUUUUGAUCCUUCCGUGCAUCUGCAUCGAGUACAUUUAGGAUCCCUUCAGAUACCUCCUUACCUCUCAAAAAACACAUCAACUAUAGGAGACCUGUUUUUGGGCUUCCUCAAAUAUUAUGCUACGGAUUACAAUUGGGAUACCCUGAUGAUUUCUAUCCGUGAAGCCAAAGCAAUGCAGCGCCCCUCUGAUAAUGAGUGGAAAGACAAGUUUAUCUGCAUUGAAGAGCCUUUUGAUCGAACAAAUACAGCCAGAGCAGUCCAUGAAAAGAUAAAAUUUGAUACAAUCAAGGAAGAGUUUCAAAAGUCAUAUGAAAAAAUACGCAAUAACAAAGACUUGAACGUCAUUUUACCAGUGAGAUCUGCAAUUCAACGGAGGUAACCAGCAGCCACCUGUUUUGGAUUCCUUGGUCGCAAAGGAUGCCAUCAUGUUAGGAUUCUUCUUGGUUAAUUUCAUCUUUUCUUGUUUGUUUCAUACUUUUUUUUUUAUAUAAGUUGUCCAAGUAGUAAUCAAUUGGCCUGUAUAUUUUCAUUAAAUUCAUUGCAAAAUCACCUGUGAAGUUAACUCUAUGAUCCAUCCUGUAUUAAUCCAUUAUGUGUUGGAUUAAAUUUCUUGAAAAUGUAAAGACCUGGAAAGUUAUCUUUUAAAGGCUGUGUGAACUCCGAGAAGCAGUAAUGAUUGUACAAAAAGAAAAAAAAAAUCAGCAUUGUUUUGGUGGUAUAUUCAUUGCACUGAUAAGCGUGCAAAUGCAAAGCUGAAUGACAUAUCUACAUACCUCUCUUUUUUCUAAACUUCAGUUGCAACACUAGCCUUUAAAAGUCAUAACGGGGUCAGAAAGAGAGGCACUUUCUUAGUUUUUGGAGUAGGUUUUCAAAUACUUACAUCCCAUAUAAGUUGUAAGGACUCUUUUUAUAGGCUUAUUUCAUUUAUUUAAAAUGUUUGUACCCUUAUCAGGUCUAACUUUGUGAAGAAAAUCUGAAAAUACCUGUAAAUAUUAAACAGGAUUGUUUUACACCGCUAUGCAUCUGACUUGGCACAUUUCAUCUGUUUCCUAUCAGCAGGUUAAUUAAUAGGACACAUUGUUGAUCUUCAGAGGAUCUCCGUGGGAUGAAUUUCCUACUGAAUUUUUGAAUCUUAAAUUUUGUGAUUUUAAUCUGACUUCAUGGUUUAAAAGGGUUGAUGUCCCUGCAACACUUGUCACCUGUAAUAGUACUUCUUGUGGUCACUUUGUUAGACUUGUCAAAGUAACCCAGAGUGCACAAUGACUCCAUUAAAAGUAUGCUAGAAUGCAUACCAGCUCAUCUAAAUACUGCUAAGCAUUAAGAGGGAUUGUGACAUUUGCCUUUUACUUUGCAUGGUAUGUUUCACAUGGCCAGUAUACUGGCUGUGGCAGUUGAUUUUUGAGCUGCUAAUCAAAACUGUUUGCCCAGAAUUAUGUAAAUAAAUGUGUUUGUUCAUCAGUUACAUGUGAUGGAAUUGAACAUAUUUGAACUGCCCUUUCUGAAAAUGGAGCAUUUAGAAGUGAAACUUCUGAUGUCAAAAAAGGUAAAUCUGCUGCAGAACAGCAUGUGCCUCUAAUCUGACACUGCCAUCCUGUGUGUCCUAACCUUUAAAAAUCUACAUUUCAGUGUUAGCUUGUCAGGAAGGUGUUGCUACUUUUUGUCAAAAAUUUCUUUUGGGUAUUUUAUUUUGUAUGGUGUCUUAACAGAAUAAAAUUUAUGUAUAAAAAUCUUUAA